CCCGUUGAAUGGGAGAGGCUUGUCUGCCUGCAGUGUUGAUCUGGCAAUACACUUUGUUAUCUCCGAUUCUGCAGGAUCCGUACUUCCUACUAUCUCUGUCCUUCUGCACGGUUAUUGUUCCGGAGGCGGGCCGCCACAGUGACCGGCUUCUCCCUGCCGUAGGAUGGCUAACUCGGGUCGGUUCGGCAGCUUGGAGUCACGGCCGAGUCCUGAGUAAGCGGGACUUGGGAGACUGGGCAGUCAAAGGACUAUCAGGAGGAGGAGGCAAGCUGCACCAUGAGUGAGCUCGGCCUGUGCUUGCACUUCUUAAGGAAAGCCCUGCUCACAGUCACCCUGGUGCUCUUUUAUUAUUGCUUCUCCAUCGGGAUCACUUUCUACAACAAAUGGGUGAUGAAGAAUUUUCAUUACCCUAUCUUCAUGACUUUGGUUCACCUUGUUAUGAUCUUCGCCUUCUCGGGAAUGAGCCGAACACUUGCCUCGUGGUGGACUGGAAAGUCACGCAUCUGUCUGUCAUGGAAAUUGUACAUGGAGAGGGUUGCAGCUACAGCCCUCGCCACUGCUUUAGACAUUGGAUUGUCUAAUUGGAGCUUCUUAUUUAUCACAGUAUCACUGUAUACAAUGACAAAAUCAACUGCUAUUUUAUUUAUUUUGUUUUUUUCAGUUGUAUUCAAACUAGAGAAAUUGAGGCCAUGGUUGAGCAUGGUAAUCUUGUUAAUAGCUGGUGGCCUCUUCAUGUUCACGUACAAGUCAACCCAAUUUAACAUGAAAGGAUUUAUACUAGUAUUAGUUGCAUCUUUCCUUGGAGGAAUACGAUGGACACUGACGCAGAUCCUUACCCAGAAGGCAGACCUAGGUUUACAGAAUCCCAUUGACACCAUGUAUCAUCUCCAGCCGCUGAUGUUCAUAGGCCUUUUUCCGUUGUUUCUAAUCAAUGAAGGACUAAGCCUGUCUGCCUCGGAGAAACUGUUUCGUUACAAUGAGACAUCAACUGUGCUGCAUAUGAUGUUUGUGUUGGCUGCAGGGGGCCUUCUGGCAUUUGGAUUGUGCUUCUCUGAAUUUUUAUUGGUUUCUAAAACCUCCAGCUUGACCUUAUCUGUAGCAGGCAUUUUUAAGGAAGUGUGUACUCUAGUCCUUGCCAGCCAUGUGAUGGGUGAUCAACUGAGCACGUUAAACUGGUUGGGAUUUGCAAUGUGUCUCUCUGGAAUCUCACUCCAUAUUGCACUUAAGGUCGUUUAUUCGGAAGAUGUCUCGAAAGACAAAGUGACAAAUAAAAUCAAUGAUAUGACGAUGACAGAUACUGGUAUGGAACUACUACUCAGAAAUGGACAAGCAAAUGAGGACAGCGAAGAGGAGGAUGUCAUAUAUCAAUGACUCAUUGCAUCUACUCUGUAUGGAAUCCCAUUGGUUCUGCUUCCCAUUUGCUAUGCAAAGGUGUGCCUGCAUUAUGCUUUAAACCUUGUGUCUAUGUAUUCCAGUCCGUGAUUGGAAUUAGUUAGAUUAACAGCCAAUUGCUUUAAGAAUGGAGUCCUUCUGACCAAGUGUAAUGAUUAAGAUAUCAUCGAAGCAUUGGAUAUGUUUCCAUACUAGCAGUAGGACUUGUGAAAUUUAUCUAUGAAGGUUUGAACUGUGGUUCAAAAACAUGCUAACAGGCUCAUAACUGGAUAUGGACCCUCCAAAUAUGGUUUGUUAUUGGAGAAAAUAUUUCAAGCAACCCUGGAAGAAAAUACUGUUGGUUACGUGAUUUUGGGAGCAUUUUGAUGUACUAAAUCAAGGGUUCUGUGCAAGAUGUUGGGCAGCACUGAAAAGUAUUGCCCCCAAAUUAUUAUUUUUCUUCUGUAGUCUGUUGAUACUAAUGUUCUCAAGACAUUUGGUAGCAAUGCUGAUUUUAAUUGAAAUGUACAUAUCUGCAGGAAACUAGCAAAAGCCACUGUGAUUGAUUUGUACAGAGAAGAAAUUAUACUGCUAUUAAAAAAAAAAUUCUGUUCUUAA